CGCGCGCUGGAGAGGCCGCAGCGCCAUGCGAGAGCGGUGCCCGUCGGGCCCGGCGCUUGCAAGGCUCCCCGCCCCGCGCAGCCUGGGCUGGGCAGCGCGCAGAGGACGCAGCGGCGCAAGUUGCUGGCGAGGGGCCGCGGGACCCUAGCGGCCCCUGCGGGCAUCGCCUUCACGGGCUGCGACUGGCGGUCAUUUCCCUCUGCUCCCGGCUGCGGGGUGGCUCGGGCUCAAGGGCGGGUGUUCUGGCCUGCUCUGCCCUAGGGCGUCCUCGGGCCGGACUGUGCUCCAGCCGGCGUCUGUCAUUGGAUUGCAAAGGGCGAGCUCGGUGCUCUCAGCGAUCGGGCUGAGGUAGCGCGGGAGAAGCAAAUGCCUUGAACUUUUCUCCCCCGGCGAGGGGAGGGACCCUGGCACGCGAAGACCGUGCGGGCGGAGCGGGGCAGCCGGCUGGUUAUGUGCAGUCAUGGCUUGGCCGGCGUAUUGGGUGGACGAGAUCCAGUGGUUUACCCUGGUCACUCUGUUUGUGGCCGCCCUGGUCACUCUGGCCAUCUACCUGGUGCAAUAUGCUCUGGUCGCUCUGCGGAACAGCAGGAGGAAACCGCCGUCGUCGGAUGAACUUCUGCAGGGAAAUGACACCCUAUUGGCCUGGGUGCUGUCUCUGAACAGCUGGAGGACCCAGUGGCAGAAAGCUUGGAUAACAGCCCUGAAUGCAGAAGCCAAAGUGAGAGGGGAUUUGUUGUUGCUUACAUUUGAAGAAGACACAACUCCUCAGCCACUGGAGCUAGCAGUCAGACGGGUUGUAAGUGUUGUAAAGUCAGCCCAAGAGAAGGUGGUUUCUUGUAAUGUAGUGGGAGACUCCAUUCAAUUUAUUGUUCAUGUGUCACAUACGUCACCUACUACCACAGAAUGUCAGUCCUACAGUGUGAAACUGUCUCCACUUCACUUACAGCUGGAACUCUAUCUGAAAGAGAAAGGUGAAGACAUUGAAGUUGUGUGGUCCUUCCUUAAUGCCCCUGAAACUAAUAUUAAAAUCCAGCCAACAGCAGUGCAGGAGGGCCAGAUGGCUGAGACAUGUGCAAUAUUUGAGCCAUUCAGAGAUGUUUUCCAGAAUCUAAUUAGUUUAGUUUCACCAUCUGUAAUUUUGAGUACAAAACCUACAGAUAUAAUAAAGGAGGUACAGAAUGUACAAAACAUAGGAACUCUCCCCCAGGGCACCAGCCCUCCGAAACCUCCAAGGAUUCAUGAACUAAAACUGCUAGUGAAGAACAUUGUAGCCACACUGACUGAUCACAGUGCUGCAGUGAAUUAAAUGCCAAAUCAAAAGAGUUACAACUGCAGAUCUUGGAAGAUGGGAAAUUGGAUAGUUCUUUUUCAGCCUGGGCAACUGUACCUUUAGACUUGUUCAGGAAACAGCCUUCUGGACAACAAAGCUUUGCACUGAAGAGCAGGUCCAGCAGCCAUAGCCCUGUGUUAGGAUCGGUCACUGCAGAGUUCUCUUAUGUAGAACCUAAUGAGUCAAAAUCCUGGCAAGUUCCUGCUCCGCUUCCUGCCACAAAAAUAGAAAAGGAUCGAACCGUGAUGCCUUGUGGGACUGUAGUCACUACUGUCACUGCUGUGAAAACCAAACCUCGACUUGAAGGGAAACAUUCUGCACUGAGCCCAGAUUCUCCUGUGAAAACUCCUGCUAAAGUGAAAGUGAUUGAAAAGGAUUUCUCAGUUCAAGCAAUCCAUUGUCAAGGUGCUCCGGUCAGCAAAGUGUUAUCCUCUUCGGAUACAGAGCUGCUGGUGUUGAAUGGCACUGAUCCAGUUGCUGAAGCAGCCAUUCGACAGUUAAGUGAGUCUGCAAAGCAGAAGCUGAAAUCUCCAAGAAAGAAAAGCACCAUUAUCAUAUCAGGGGUGUCCAAGACCUCCUUAUCUCAGGACAGUGAAGCUGCACUGAUGAUGGACUAUGCAGCAGCCAUGGAUGACUCAUGUAAAGAGGAAGCCCCUUCCAUGGUGGGGGAUUCUACCACAGAAGUUCCCAAUAAAAAACUACCACCAGCUGCUUCACAAAUGCUACCUGCCACUGACCCAGAGGAAAAUAGCCAUACUGCGUGGGACUUGGAUAACAGCAGCCAACAAUGGACCAGCAAUGCACUCUUAGACCAGGACUGUGAAGAGAUGUCCGGGAGUUCAUUAAGUGUCUCGGAAUCUGAGAGUGUGAAAAAAUCUAAAGGUGGAAUUUUGAAAAAAAGUGCAAAGCUGUUUUUCCGUCGGCGGCAUCAUCAGAAGGAUCCAGGAAUGAGCCAGUCACACAAUGAUCUUGUUUACCUGCAGCAGCCAACAUCUGAUGAAACCCGAAGGAAGGGAGCAACGCUAACACGCAUCCUUCACAAGAAAAUUCUUUCUAAGAACAAAAGCAAGAACAAGCUGAAUGGCACUUCCAUGGAGCCAUGUGUAUAAAACCUAAUGCUCUCUAAAUGAUACUUGCACAUCAAUUGAUCAGCGGUUUACAAAACAAUACUAGAAGAUGUAAACACAGAUUGUGACAUGCAUAAAAUGAUAUUCACAAAUGCAGUGGUUCCAGAAUAAGCAGACAAAGCUUGGCUUUUAUUUUUCCAAAACACUUUAUUUUUUUUAAAAGCCUUUAAGCAAGAAGGAUCCUCCUGUCCCCACCAGCCUACUCCUAAGCAUAAAUAGUGUUGAUUGUAUGAUGACAACAUGUUUUCUCCCCCACUCCAAUCCAAGUUGUCACUCUGCAUUCAAUCCUGAUUUGAAGAAGGUUUGAAUCUACCACUCCUAGUGAUAAGAUUUUUAUUUUUGGGAGGGAUGGGGGUAGAGAAGGUGGGUUGGACUGUAGAAGUGGUGUGACUGGGGAGGCUCACCUUUUUUUAAGUUUAGAAUAUUUAAUCUAUCUUACAUUUAACUUCUAGCCAACAUGACUUCUUGGUUUCUAGGUAGAUGACUGGACCACUGUAAAGAGGUAACGUACCACUGUGGUUUGUGCUUCUGUAAUAAGAAACAAUAGUAGCAAUGCAGAUCUCAACUUGGGUUUCUAGACAGGCUGAAAGUGGACGCCAAGAGACUCUGAUCUGGUUCCUGUUAUAAUUUGGAAACCGGUUUGUUUCUGGAAAAGGAAAUUAAAUGCUGAUUAAUACAACCUGCUGUAAUAACUUGUAAAUCAGUGUAGGUAGACGUUUACCUUUGAUGUUAGCCAUAAUAAUUGAUGAUUAUGCAAAGCUGUAUCCUAGAAUAUUUAAUUAUGUGCAUAUAUUAUGCUAAAACCCCUUUUUUUCUAGGUUUACUUUGUUCCCAUUUGCAAACAAAGUAUUUAAAAGGUCUUACUGUUACUUCUAUUUCCCCCACUAUAUGAGAAGCUAUAAGUGCUAAUGCAACAGUUUUAUUUUGGGGACUCUACACCCUUAUCUACAGUACUUUUGUAGACCAGUAUACUAGCAACCAUAUCAAAAGCAAAGUUAGGAGCAAUAAAUGUUGUGUAGAUCACGUUUAAUCCUACUUAGAUUUUUAUUAGUUCAUGGUCUGAUUUGCUAGUUACCAGUAGCCUGGAAAACAGAAUUUUUGAAAUGUUUCUCUUUCCCUUCCUUCAGUUACAAGUUUACAAGUUUUGUCAUAUGGUAAGGGUUUUUUUGGUUUGGGUUUUUUGUGUGUUUUAAAAGAUAUUGUAGUUAGCUCCUUUCUUUAAUAUCUGAUAAAAGAAAAAUUGUAGUUCUCA